AUGUCGUACAUCGCCCAGAUCUUCGAUCCACUUGGUUUGGUUGGACCGAUUAUUACCGUCGCCAAACUGUUCAUGCAGCGUUUGUGGGGACUUCGAACAGAGAACGGAGAAUCUUUCGAGUGGGAUCGCCCACUACCAGCGUCGUACCAGGCCGAUUGGAAGGAGUUCCAUAGCACGCUGGAUACCAUCGCCACGAUCCAAGUUCCUCGAUACGUGUCUUCCGCCAAUGCCACAUCCUUUCAGUUGCAUUUCUUUUCGGACGCGUCGGAGAAGGCCUACGGCAGCUGCUGCUACAUUCGGUCGGAAUGUGAUGGAGUCGUCCGUGUCGUAUUGCUGACAUCGAAGUCGAAGGUCGCCCCGCUGAAGAGCCACCAUAGCAUUGCCCGUUUGGAACUUUGUGGAGCCGUUCUGUCUGUCAGCCUAUCCGAGAAGGUCAACCGUGCUCUCAAGUUGCCUGCCGAAGUGUUCUUCUGGACUGAUUCCUCGACGGUCCUUCAGUGGCUACAAUCACCGCCCAAUCGCUGGAAGACAUUUGUGGCCAACCGAGUGUCUAAGAUCCAGAAUUCGACCGAUGUAGAUUUGUGGAUGCAUGUUCGCGGAGAAUCAAAUCCAGCCGAUGUUCUGUCCCGUGGAAUAAGUCCGCCUGAGCUUGUCAAUCAUCCGCUUUGGUGGACUGGAUCUCCAUGGCUCCAGUUACCGCCUUCGCAGUGGCCACGAACCGAGUUGUCAGCCUGCCAAACCAGUUCGACGAGUGAAAUGAGAGUUCCAGUUGCCGCGCUUCCAGCUGUCGUGAAGGAUGACGAGUUUGUAGAUCGUAUCUUCGGAAUGUACUCCAGUUACCAAAAACUCAGGCGCUCCAUCGCUCACUGCAUGCGAUACUUCCGCUUGUUGAAAGCAGCUGCACGGAAGACGAAAAUUGACCCAUUCCAAGCGCUUACCACCGCCGAUCUGCAAGAAGCAGAUUUGACACUGUGUCGUCUUGCCCAGAAACAGUGUUUUCCUGAGGAGUUAGCCACUCUAGCAUCGUCCGGUCGUCUUCCGUCUUCAUCGCAGUUGAAGUACAUCCGUACAAAACUAGAAUCAGAUGGAAUCAUUCGGAUUAGAGGAGUUCUGGCCAACGCAACCGUUCCGGAAGCUACGAAACAUCAAGUUGUUCUGCUCGCGAAACACCCACUUUCAAAACUGUUGGCGAAGUAUUAUCAUGGGAAUUUACUUCACGCCGGCCCACAACUAAUGCUCGCCACGAUCCGUCAAAAGUACUGGAUCAUUGGUGGACGCAAUCUAGUGCGCCGCACAUUCCAUGAGUGCCACAAAUGUUUCCGAUGCAGACCAAAGAUGAUCCAGCAAAGUAUCGCAGAUUUGCCUACGUCCCGUGUUGCGCCCCGAAGACCGUUUGCCGUUUCUGGUGUGGACUAUUGCGGACCAGUUUACAUCAAGUCUCUCGUCCGUAACCGAGGCCCAACGAAGGCAUACGUUUGCAUCUUCGUUUGCUUUACCACACGUGCCGUUCACAUCGAGUUGGUGUCUGAUCUCUCCACGCCGGCCUUCAUCGCUGCUCUUCGCCGAUUUUCUGCCCGCCGAAACUUUCCCCACGAGAUCCACAGCGACAAUGGCACUGCGUUCCGAGGUGCAAACAACGAGUUGCACAGAAUUUACCAGAUGCUGAAAACCGAACACGGAGGACGCAAGAACAUCCUGGAUUGGUGUGCAGAAUCUGGAGUUGCGUGGCAUUUCAUACCACCUCGAUCGCCCCAUUUCGGAGGUCUAUGGGAAGCAGCAGUGAAAUCAGCGAAGCACCAUCUAUUGAGAGAAAUAGGCCACUCCAACAUUUCCUACGAAGACAUGACGACGUUACUAGCCGAGGUGGAGAUGUGUCUGAACUCCAGACCCUUGAUUCCGAUGCCAACCGAAUCCGACGAGUUGGAAGCCCUGACACCUGGACAUUUCCUUGUCGGUGAAAGCCUGCGAUCUCCACCCGAAGAAGACGUCGCAACUGUUCCGGACAAUCAACUGUCGCAUUGGAAGCUCACGCAGAAACGGUUCCAACGAAUCUGGCGUAGAUGGUACCCAGAAUAUCUGCAGCAGCUUCAAGCCCGAGCCACCAAGCACCGUAGACCAUCAACUGUAAUCCAGCCCAACCAAAUGGUGAUCAUCCAAGACGAUCUGCUUCCGCCAGCCCAAUGGCCACUAGGGAUCAUCACAGCCGUUCAUCCUGGGAAAGACGGCGUCGUACGAGUGGUCACCUUACGCACUGCGAAGCGAGAUGUCGUUUCCAGGUGUGUCAACAAACUUGCUCUGUUACCCGUACCAGAACAACCCGAACCCAAUCCAGCUGAUGAGCAGCCCGUUGGAGAACCGGUCACCGCAGUUCCUGAAAACAACCAAUGA